AUGUCAACAGAAAAACAACAUGUGAUUUUAGUUACAGGUGCCAAUAAAGGAAUUGGUUUUGAAGUUAUGAAAAAACUUCUCAAAUCAUUUUCAAAAGAGAAUAAAGAUCUUAUUCUUCUUGGUAGUCGAGAUUUAAAACGUGGUGAAGAUGCGUUUCAUUCAUUAAGUUCUCCAUCUAAUGUACAUGUUUUACAAUUGGAUACAUCAUCAAGUGAAAGUAUUGAUCGAGCAACUCAAAAGAUCAAAGAAAACUAA